AAAAAAUUACCAUGCUUGAUUGUGUCAAUCCGGUUGUAUUGAGGUUAUUUUUUGAUAGUGAAUACUAGAAAAUAAAUACAAAGUUUUAAACUCUUGAGUGAAAUUAAUUUUAAUUAUUAAUAAGUGAACAGUUCUACGAUGACGGAUUUCAUUUUAAAUGAUAGCGAUACUGACGUGGAUUCAGAUGAAGAGUUACAAGAAGCUUUCGCUAAGGGCUUACUAAAGCCAGGCUUGAAUGAAGAAAUAGAGAAGGUUCAAAAAACUUACACGAACAAUGUUGCUGAUCUGAAGACAAAACUGAAGGAAUUCAAGCUGAAAUUACCAUGGAUCGAAACGCUGGACUUGGUGACAAGUGUGGCGCCGAUGGCUCCCGAUGUAGCUCUACAAAUGCAAGAAACAGCUCAAAGAAGAAAAAAUAUCAAAGAGAACAGCAGAGGUGCGAAAGAGUAUGAUGCCUCCCAAGAUCCAGUAUUGAAUGAGUUCAAGCGUGAGAACUUGAUUCAUCGGCAGGCACAGGCAGCAGUUGUGGAAGGCAUAAAGCGGCUGAAAGAACUUAACAUACCCACUAGAAGGCCUGACGACUACUUCGCGGAGAUGGCUAAGACAGACGAGCACAUGCAGAAGGUCCGCAAGAACCUCAUGGCCAAGCAGGCAGCACAGGCUCGCACUGAAAAGGUCCGGCAACUCAGAGACCAAAAGAAGAUAGCUAAACGAGUCCAGAUUGAUGCAAAAUUGAAACAAGCAGCAGAAAAGAAACAAAUGUUAGAACAACUGAAGAGAGUGAGAAAAGGUAAAUCAGCUGACCUAGACUUUUUAGAAGAUAAUAACAAUAAUAAGGGCAAGAACAACAAAGGCAAGACAUCAAUGAGCAACAGAGCAAUCAAGAAACGGGCUUCAAAAGACAAGAAGUUUGGCUUUGGUGGCAAAAAGAAGGGUUCCAAGUUGAACACUAGAGAAUCUUCCAACCAAAUGGAUGGUUUCAACAGUUCAGCCAAGAAGAGGCCUACAAACUUCAAGAACAAGAACUUUAAGCCUAAUAGCAAGAAGAACCAGAGGCCAGGAAAGUCUAAAAGGAAGAAUGCUAAGAGAUAAUUUUAAUUUAGGUGUAAGUUUAUAGAAAUAAUAAAAAUAAAUGUUUUAACAUUACAUAAA